GUACCAUGAAUCUUCCACCUUCAGGUGAAACUCCCCAGCUAAGAUUCAGUUUCCUUGCAUUAACAACAUGAUGGAUCCUGAGCAGCAGACUCCUCCACCUCAGCUCAGUGCAGAAUACUUUUCGUGGGAUUAUCGCCUCCAGCUUAUCUGUAUAGGGUUUGGCUUCUAUGCAGCAAUAUUCCUCCUCUCCCACCUCCUGUCUGUGGCUCUGUCCUGCACCUACAACUCCCUGCUAGCCAAGGAGAAGGUUUUCUGGAACUUGGCAGCUACUCGGGCAGCGUUUGGCAUCCAGAGUAUCGUAGCAGGACUUCGAGCUUUGACAGAGGACUCUGCACUGUUCAAAGACCGAAUCAGGGGCCAAGAAGACUGGUCGUGGUUUCACAUCCUCACGGCCACAGGCUUUUUUGUCUUUGAGAAUGUAGCACUUCACGUAUCCAGUGUGGUGUUUCGUUCAUUCGACCUCCCGUUGGCCACGCACCAUUUCUUCGCCCUGUCAGGGUUUGCAGGAGCUGUGGUGUGGGAUUCCCAGGGCCACUACCUGCCCAUGGUUACACUCCUUCUGGAGAUGAGUACACCUUUCACCUGUAUAUCCUGGAUGCUGCUAAAGGCUGGCUGGGCUCACACUCUGUUCUGGAGGGCCAACCAGUGGGUGAUGAUCCACAUGUUCCACUGUCGAAUGGUGCUCACCUAUUACAUGUGGUGGGUAACGCUGACCCACUGGGAAGAGGUCAACACCUACGUAGCCCUGCCCGUACGCCUAAUUUUCUUCUCUGGACUCGCUCUGCUCACACUCAUCAUCAACCCCAUCUGGACGCACAAGAAGACCAUGCAGCUUCUAAAUCCUGUGGACUGGAACUUCGGCAACAAGCCGACGCCAAACAGCGGCGCCACGAGGGAUCAGGCUGAGGGUUCUGUGAAACCCCACGUCAGCUGAGGAGCAUCAAAAGGUCUUUUUAUUGUGCGUUAGUCACAAUGGGAAAUGUGUGCGAGAAAAGUUUUGGCAAAGUCCUUCAUUUCACAUACAAAUCAAAAUUUAGUUGGAUAAAACAUUUGGCUGAACAUAUUGGAAUAUAAGCGAAGACGAA